GCGGUUGCGGGAGGUACCUCGGAGCCGGGCUGGCCCGGGCUGGCCGUGGCCAUGAACUUCUCGGAGUCAUUCAAGCUUUCGGGCCUGCUCUGCAGGUUCUCCCCGGACGGCAAGUACCUGGCUUCCUGUGUCCAGUACCGGUUAGUGGUCCGGGAUGUGACGACCCUUCAGAUCCUUCAGUUGUACACAUGCCUGGACCAGAUCCAGCACAUAGAGUGGUCUGCAGACUCCCUCUUCAUCCUGUGUGCCAUGUACAGACGGGGGCUUGUGCAGGUCUGGUCACUUGAGCAGCCAGAAUGGCACUGCAAGAUCGACGAGGGCUCUGCGGGGCUGGUUGCUUCCUGCUGGAGUCCGGAUGGCCGCCACAUCCUGAACACAACGGAAUUCCAUCUGCGAAUCACCGUCUGGUCCCUGUGCACCAAAUCUGUGUCUUACAUCAAGUAUCCCAAAGCCUGUCAGCAGGGACUAACUUUCACCAGGGAUGGCCGCUACCUAGCCUUAGCAGAGAGGCGGGACUGCAGAGAUUACGUGAGCAUCUUCGUGUGCAGUGACUGGCAGCUCCUCCGGCACUUUGACACAGACACCCAGGAUCUCACAGGGAUCGAGUGGGCCCCGAAUGGCUGUGUGCUGGCAGCGUGGGACACCUGCUUGGAGUACAAGGUUCUGCUGUACUCCUUGGACGGCCGUCUGCUGUCAGCAUACUGUGCCUAUGAAUGGUCCCUGGGCAUCAAGUCUGUGACUUGGAGUCCCAGCAGUCAGUUCCUGGCCAUUGGGAGCUACGAUGGAAAGGUGCGCCUCCUAAACCACGUGACCUGGAAGAUGAUAACCGAGUUUGGGCAUCCUGCAACCAUUAAUAAUCCUAAGACAAUCCCUGGGGAGACUGACCUGAGGAAUCCUGAGCAUGGGCCAUCCUGCCAGAGCAGAGCACACAGCAGGCAGAGGCCGGAGAGCUGGUCUGUAUGGACUGCAGGUAGGGCAGCCCAGGCCCAGGAUCCAGGAGGUGCAGAGUUGAAGGUUGUGUAUAAGGAAGCUGAGAAGAUCCCACAGCUGGGGUUGGGCCACCUGUCCUUCCCACCGUCCCGAGCAAUGGCUGGUGCCCUCUCUACCUCAGAGAGCAAAUAUGAGAUCGCCUCGGGACCAGUUUCCUUACAGACUCUGAAGCCAGUAGCUGACAGAGCGAACCCCAGGAUGGGUGUAGGGAUGCUGGCCUUCAGCUCUGACAGCUACUUCCUGGCAUCAAGAAAUGACAAUGUCCCCAAUGCUGUCUGGAUCUGGGACAUUCAAAAGCUGAAGCUGUUUGUGGUUCUAGAGCAUAUGUCUUCAGUGCGCUCAUUUCAGUGGGACCCACAGCGGCCAAGGCUGGCCAUCUGCACAGGAGGAAGCAAGGUGUACCUGUGGUCCCCAGCAGGCUGUGUGUCGGUGCAGGUACCUGGGGAAGGUGACUUUCCCGUGCUCGGACUAUGCUGGCACUUAAGUGGGGAUUCCUUGGCCCUCCUUAGUAAGGAUCACUUCUGUCUCUGCUUCCUGGAGACCAAGGAGAGGGUUGGCACAGCCUAUGAACAACGGGACGGCAUGCCUAGGACCUGAGUGGAAACCAAGGCAGCAGACUGCUGAUUCCAACAUGAGCAACAGCUGCACAGCUUCCCCAGAUGGGAUGGGCUAUUCUGCCCAGUUUUCUGUAAAUAUGUAUAAAGUUGUUAUGUAAAAUAGGUAUUUGCUAAUCCAUGGAACAGUGGUGGUUGUUUUCUUCAGGGCCUUAGCUCACAGAUCCAAGGUCUGGGAAGAUGAAAAAUCCUGAAUUAACGACACAACCUGCCUUAUGACCCUUUGGUGCUCCCUGAGCGGUUUUCAGUCAGUGUGCUUUGGAACAAGGGUGAACUGAUGUUAGACUGGCUAGCCAUUCUGCAGCUCCAUGUACUCAGAAGUGUUGCAAGGCCCCCACAAUUGUGCCUGUUCCCAUGUGAGCUGUAAAUCCCACAA